AUGCCGCUACUCCGCCCAAAGAAACCUCUUCGAGUCUCAACAAACUCAUCCGACUCUGGAGAACCAACUCUUGAAGCACUCUCCCUCUCCUCGCCCAAGCCUGCUCCCUCUCCAUCCAAGCUCGGCCUGUCGCCCACAACAAAGCCACUCCCCCCUCCCAUCCUAGCCAACAACUCUGACCGCACGCCCACGGUGCCUAUCGACACUCCCCGCCUCGUCGUCUCGGACGCAAACUGCGACAACGCGACCGACGUGGUUGGGGGCCACGCCGUCGGUCUCGAAGCCGCCAUGUCCGAGGCUCUCGAUACCGAUCAAGCCCACGAGCUUGCUCGUGAACGGGCCAUGGCUCAAAGAGACUCAAUCGCACAUCGAGUUGCCGAACUCAUGCCCCAUCCGACCCAGGCUGAAACCCGCAAGAAGAAGAAGGGACGUCGCUCAAGACGUGCUUCCACAUCGUCUGUAACAUCCCAAGGAGGCAACAGCAUGGCCGCGGCCCUGGCCAAGAGCGGAUUACAGAUCAGUGGCCCGCCCGACCAAGUCGGGAGUGUUCAAAGAGCAGUCUCCACUGGCCGAUCCCCAUACCUUCUCAGCACGCAGGACUACGACAGCGAUGAUGGGUACGGCUCCGAAGACGACAGCGAGAAUCUUAGUGAGGACGACGGUAUAGACCACCUUCCCGUGACCGGGUUCGCGGUGGCAAGCAACCGCCGCAACGCCGAGUUCCACGGACUCUUCCCCACUGUCGACGAGGGCGACUAUCUCAUUGAAGGCAUGUUGACUAUUUCUUCUUCGAUGCUGACGACAGACUAUGGAUGUGCGCUUGCAAAGGACAUCCUCGUCCACGGCAGGCUUUACGUCUCCGAGAACCAUAUCUGCUUCCAUUCGAAUCUCUUUGGGUGGAUCACAGACGUGGUUAUCCCUUUUGGAGAGGUGCAGACCAUCGAGAAGAAGAUGACUGCAUUAGUCAUUCCUAACGCGAUCGGAGUAACGACUAGCAAGGACAAGUACACUUUCGCCUCCCUCAUCUCCCGCGACUCGACCUACGAUGUGCUCGUGAACAUCUGGCGUAUAGCACAUCCUGGCACCGAGAUGCCAAACUUGGUUCCAAAUGGAGCCUCGCGCCCCGCCUCGGUGAUGGAGGGUUCGCCGCCCGCUCCUGCCGUCACCCAUUCAUCGACGGAAUGCGUCUGCGGUAAGGAGGGCCAGCACUACUCCGAAUCUGUCCUCGAUACCGUCUUUCCCAGCUCCCCCGACAAGGUCUACAAUCUCAUGUUCAACAGCGGGUGGUACCGUUCGUUCUUGUCAGACAACCAAAAGUUGCGAGACAUUGAAUCGUCCGACUGGUGUCCCGACGAGACAGGCAAACUGACUCGCUCGAUUUCCUACAUUAAGCCGCUGAACGGUUCCAUCGGGCCCAAGCAGACAAAGUGCCACAUUGUCGACAUGCAGGACUUCUGUGACUUUGACGAGUACAUCUCGAUGGUCACCACGACUCGAACGCCCUACGUCCCGAGCGGUGGAGUCUUCAGUGUCAAGACACGCACCUGCCUCACCUGGGCCGGUCCAGGAUCCACACGGGUUGUGGUUACCACAGAGGUCGAGUGGACUGGAAAGUCGUGGGUAAAGGGCAUCAUUGAAAGAUCGGCAGUCGACGGCCAGAAGCAGUACCACGCUGAUCUCGCCAGCGGCAUGAGGGAGUACAUGAACGAGCACCCCACAGAGUUCGCGGUGGCGGGGGCAGAGGACAUUGAGCAACUUGAAGAUGAAGCGGCCCAGGGAAUUCCGGCGCCCAUCCCCACAGAAGCGCAAGAGUUUGCCGCCAAGAAUCGGCGUGCACGACAGGAUGCCGAUUACUGGCAGCUGCAGGGCGCUCUCGACUCGGUCCUCCACGGGUUCACUUCGAUCUUUUCUGGCAUUCGCACGGCAUACAACACCACCAGCGACCUACUCAGCGACUCGCCCAUCAGCAAAGCGUCGUUUAUGGCAGCGCUCAUUGCCCUCCUUGUUGUCUCGAACGUCUACACCUACGUUGCACGGCCAGAGUCCAAGCAUAAGGAGAAGCGUCUGCUACGGUUUGGUUUCGAGAACGACGUAGCAGAGGCUGUCAAGUACGUUCUCGACCGCCGCGCUGCCGCAACGCCCAAGGACGAGAUCAGCCAACUCCUUCAGCUCCUGGACGAGGUCGACGCGCGCUCUGCUGCCCUCCGUCAAGCCUUGCAGGUUGCCGAGGAGGGCUCACCCAUCGAGUUGGUCAACCAGGCGGAGGAUCUGGAUUAG